AUGGCUUCCAAUAUACUGUUCCUGCCAUUUCGGCGCUCGCACUCUGUGAACCUUUCCGAAGCCAUCAAGCAGUACAUUUCGUCCAAAUAUGACCAGCACCCCGACAUGUUCACGAAGGACCUAGAAGCUAUCGAGAAGAUGCGCUCUGUGGCCGUACACGCGCAGGAACCCCAUCCUAGUAAUAUUCCAAAGCUUCAGACGUACGCAGCCCAGCUCGUGUGGAUAAGUGGAAAGUUUCCAAUCGACAUCGGCGUCGAAUUUCCAUGGUAUCCCGCCUUGGGAUACAACACAAAUCGUCCUAUUUCUAGGAACAACAUCCGAUUCGAGCUAGCGAACAUUGUCUUCAACAUCGCGGCCAUGUACUCGCAGCUCGCCAUGUCAUCGAACCGAAGCACUCCGGACGGAUUGAAGGCCGCGGCCAACAACUUCUGUUUGGCUGCGGGCACCCUCGUCCAUCUACGCGAUAUCGUUCUUCCGGAGCUGCGCACCACACCACCUGAAGACAUGGAUACAAUGACGUUGGAGUGCUUGGAGAAGCUUGUGCUGGCGCAGGGACAGGAGUGCUUUUGGCAGAAGGCUGUCAAGGAUGGUCUCAAGGACGCAACAAUCGCGAAGCUCGCAGCCCGAGUGUCGGACCUCUACAACGAAGCUAGCGAGGCAGGCAUACAGUCGGAUGCGAUUAGCAGCGAGUGGAUACACCACAUGUCGGCAAAGCAUCACCACUUCGCUGCUGCUGCCCAAUUCCGCGCUGCAUGCGAUUGCUUGGAGAAGCGGAAAUACGGAGAAGAGGUAGCAAGGCUACAGGAUAGUUUGGCAUGCGUCAAUGAGGCCCUCAAAGAGCAGCGCUACAUCAACAAGAUUGUGCAGGGAGAUCUGAACGGACUGAAAAAUAGGGUGACAGAAGACCUGAAGCGUGCAGAGAAGGAUAAUGACAUGAUAUACCUGUUACCGGUUCCCCCCAAAGCAGAGCUGAAGAUCCUUGAUCGAGCCAAUAUGGUGGUUGCACGAGUGCCGAAAGAGGUGGCUGAUUCGAACUCGCUGCUAGGAGAUCACGGCGAACUUGGUCCCGCACUCUUCUCGAAGCUUGUGCCUUACUCUGUUCAUUUGGCGGCCAGCAUAUACGCCGAUCGACGAGAUCGACUGGUCAAUAGCAAUAUCGUCGAAGAGCUGGAAAAGCUGACGGCCGAAUUACACGACAUCUUAAGGAGCUUGAACCUGCCUGGCUCACUUCAAGCGCUGGAAAAGCCCCUUGGAAUACCUCCUGGUCUCAUGGCUCACGCGGAGGAAAUUCGACAACAAGAUGGGCUGAACCGACUGCACCGCUCGAUGAAAGAUACCAAGAAGCUUAAGGAGAAUGACGCGGCUAUCUUCCGUGAAGGGUACGAUAUGCUACAUUCAGAAGCUGCAGAGGACGACGCAGCUCGACUCAAAUACGGAACCGACCGAUGGUCACGGCCACCAGCACGGCAAGCGGCCCCGAAGUUGUACGCACAGAUUGAUGAGAUAAACGGCUACUUCAAGGCCGCCGAAGGUAGCGAUUCGAUUGUGGGGACCAAAUUGACCGAAAACGAAAAGCUUAUUGCCCUCCUCAAUGGCUCCGACUAUGACAUCGAGAACUAUGUACCUAGUGGACGGCGACCAGCUAUCACUGGCGAUGUCGAGAGGGAAGCUGGCAAGCUCCGGGGAAGCUUCAACGAAGUCAGCCGUCUCGAAAGCAGGAGGAGACGGAAGGUCGAAGCGCUGCGGACGAAGGCGAAACAAGACGAAAUCAAUCCCGAGCUACUGCGCGAAGCCGCUCGCUUAGAGCGGGAGUACCCUAUGCAGAACAUCGAAGCUGCACAAUUCGAGGCGCUGUUCGAUAAGCGGCUGCAAAUGUACGACGUUGAUCUGGAAAUGGUCAAGGAGGAAGCGAGGGAGCAACAAGACGCGAUACAACGACUACAAAACGCUAAUGCGGCUUUUGUAAAUGCUCGGAGAGGUGACCAGUCCACCAAGCAGCGUGAACAGGCUCUUCAAAGCCUGGAAAACGCAUACUACAAGUACAAGGAGAUCAUUGCGAACUUGGACACUGGACGCAAGUUCUAUAAUGAUCUCUCCAAGAUUGUCUCCAGGUUCCGGGACGAUUGUCGAAGCUUCGUCUACCAACGAAAGCAAGAAGCUUCGCAGGUCGAGGGUGACAUCGCAAAUUCAAUGAGCGCGCUUAGUCUCCAGCAAGCCAACGCGAGCUCAUUACAGCAACAACGCCAGGAGGAUGCCCAGAAUCCACAAUACGGUGCAGCAGCUCGAGCCGACGAGCCAUUGACAGCCCCCACACCUACACGGGCCAGCGUAGGACCCGGCAUGUGGACACCAGAAAUGCCCAUUCGAUUUGCUGCAGUGCCGACGGCGUCUGGCGGCGCGCGCCCUGCAAAUGGACCUGCGCAGGAUGGACGAUGGGAUCCUACCAAAGGUCUGAAGUUUGGGUAA